UUUUUUUUUUUUUUUGGUAUGUGUAUAAACGAUGAAACGUUUUUUCUCUCACUAAUUUCCAUAGCAUACAUAGAAAUAGAAUGUCCAGCCAGGUGUGUGUGUGUGUAUUAUGCCUGUCUUUCUAUCUCUCUCUCUUCGAACUUUCUAAAGCUUGUCAAACUUGGUAGCUCGUAUAGUAGUUUAUAUGGAUAUAUUAUGUUGUUGCCUUGAUCGACAACGAACAACAUAACCAAACAUACACACAUACUCAUUCAUUGAGAGAUCCAACAUUUCUUUCUUUUGUUGAAUGCUAUCAAAUCGUUUCCAGGCAGCCAUCCAUUGUGCGAAGCUAGCAUCCUUAAAAACAUCGUCAUCAUAACCAUUGAGAAAAGGUGCGGUGUAUUGUAUAUGUCGUUUUUUUGUGGUUUUUCUGGUGCAUAUAACAACAUCAUAUCAGACAGAAAAAAGGGCCAAAUAUCAUUACAAUUAGUACUGCGAUUAAUUUUUUUUUUUCAUCGAAAUCUAAUCAAAUCGAAAAUAACAAGUAUCAGCCUUUUGAUAUAUAGCGACAACGCCAUAUUUUUUUUCUUUGUAUUAUCACAAUUCUCAUUAACUUCUGAUAAAUUGAUUCAUCGAUGAUUGAUGUGAUUGAAUUAAUCAGUUUUCAAAUCGAAUCAUAAAACAAAUAUGUCGUUGGAAGAUCCAUUCUUAAUUGUUCAAAAUGAAGUAUUCGAUGCUUUACAUAAGCUUCGAAAUAAUUUUACUCGAUGGACCGAGCUGCAAUCUAAUCCAAGUCAAUUAUCCCGCGAAGAUUAUUCAGCUUUUGUUACUGAAUUAAAAAAUGGCCUGAAAAGUAUCCAAUGGGACCUAGAUGAAUUGGAAGAAUCUCUUGAAAAUAGUGAAAGAGCAACAACAUUGGAUGGUACUGAACUGACAAAACGCAAAUCAUUCAUCGAUAAAACUCGUGAUGAAAUUAAAUCAAUGACCGAACAGCUAACAAAAGGCAAUAAUAUAUUUAAAAAAGUGGAUUAUACAAUCAAUUUUGGUUCACAACAAUUACCAAAACAAACAAAAUAUUAUCGUUUGAUUAAUGAACCGGAUAGUUCUGCCAAUACAAAACAGGUGUUCGAUGAUGAUGAAUCACAUAAAUCACCUUAUGUACCAAAUCAUUCAAUAACAUUAGACGAAGCUGACCAUACAAUUAAUGUCAUUAAUGCAAGACCGAAUAAAUUGGAAGGAAUCAGACGGCUCUGGUUGAACAUUGAUGAUAAACAAAAAGUCAUCGCCGGUUUCACAGGAACGGCAAUCAUUGUUUUAUUAGUAUUUUUCUUUUGGUAAUUAAAUUGAUUAUUACAAUAUAUGAUGGAUUGGGCCAUGACGCAAAUGCCGCUG